UUUGCCAUCUGGCGCAAGGAGGCUGCGGGUGCAGCUGCAGCUUGGUCCCCACUCGGCUCGGCUGAAUCAACUUGUUCUUUUUCCCCCACCUGAAAAAUACUGUUGAAAACAAAGAGUAUUUGCACCCACAGACCCACAGCCGCCUGUAGGCCCCGGGGGCACCCCAGACUCCCUUAACCCUUUCCCUCCCCAGGAGGAGCUGGGGAGGCUCUUGGGGGUGGGGCGGAACACAGGGAGCCCCCGCAUUCCUUCCGGGGAGACGCCAAAGAGUCCUUAGCAGCCAACAGCCAGAAGGGACCAUGGCGCGGCCACCAAUGCAGCUCCCACUGCCUGGGCCCUGGGGCCCCCCGGCGCCCCAGCUUUUCCAGCCAUUUGGGCUCCCCGGAACCUUCUACCCUCGAGGCUCAGCCAACCUGUGCCAUCUGCCCGCGCAGGAGCAGCCCUUCCCUGCAGCCUGGGCACCCCUGGCAGGGGGGACACCCCAGGCCCCCCAGGCACCACCAGCAGGUCUGCAGAGGGCUCCAUGUGGCUGCCUCUUCGACCCCCGGGUCUUCCGCAUCCAGUGGACAACCACCGACCUGCCUCCACCGGCCACCGCCACGCUCGGCCAAGGCGCCGCUUCUCUGCCGGCUGCUGCCCUGUGGGGUCCCGGGGGCUGCGGGGCCCCCCUGGCCUGGGCAGCCCCAGGGACCCCCCAGGGCCAACCACAAUACCUUGCACCCUACGAAAAUAAGAGGAGUGGGGUGGCCCCAGCCCCUCUCGAGCUGCCAGUGUCCAUCCCCAGCUACGAGGACAUCGAGGGGCCGCUGGCCAAGACCAACACCUGCGGCAUGGCCACCCCUGCGGGGGCACCCCCAGGCAGCGACGUCCCCCCCGGCCCCUGCGCUGACCCCCACAACCAAGCCCUUGGGGAGCCCGUAGGUGAACUUUCUCAGGCAGCGCCUGAGAAAGUGGCUCUCCAAGAGGCCCUAGUGCUCUUGGAUUGCUCCCUGGAUGGGGUGGGGGUCAGCCAGGAUGCUCCCAGCAGGAGCUCCAUGCCCGAGGAUGCUGGUGGCACCGGCGCAGCCACCCCCGACCGCGACUUCAGCUCGCUCUCGCUGCCUGAGGAGCUGCUCACCCCUGACUACUGCAUCCCCGAGCUCAGCGACAUCAUGCUGAGCCUCAAAAUAUCCAACGUCAUCGGGAUGGAGCCCCAGGAGGAGCCGUGGGAGGAUGCCGGGAUGGACCUGCCACCAUCCCCGCCUGCCGUGGCAGACAAGCCGAGGAAGAGGCAGGCGCAGAGCUCCUUGCCAAUGCCACCCAGCAAGCGCAGGGCUCUCGCAGCCAACAUGGGGGUGUGA